GCCAACCUGAAGCUGCAGGAGGCGCGUCUGGUGGUGGCUCAGUCGGAGCUGGCCCAGGCUCAGGAGCAGCUGGACGCCAAGCAGCGUGAGCUGGACGCCGCCCAGGCCCUGUACGACGACGCCAUGCGCGAAAAGCAGACGCUGCUGGACGACGCCCAUGCCUGCCGACGCAAGAUGUCCAACGCCAUGGCGCUCAUCGAGGGCCUGGGAGGGGAGAAGAUCCGCUGGACAGAAAGCAGUGCUGAGUUCCAGAGGCAGAUCAGCCACUUGGUGGGGGACGUGCUGCUGGCCACAGGGUUCCUGUCGUACGCCGGCCCCUUCAACCAGGAGUACCGCAACCUGCUGCUACAGCAGUGGACAAUAGAGAUGACCGCCCACCGCAUCCCCCACAGCCAGGGCCUGAAUGUGAUCAGCAUGCUGGUGGACAACGCCACCAUCGGGGAAUGGAACCUGCAGGGCCUGCCCAGUGAUGACCUCUCCGUCCAGAACGGCAUCAUCGUCACGAAGGCCUCCCGCUACCCCCUCCUUAUCGACCCACAGGGUCAGGGCAAGAUCUGGAUCAAGAACCGGGAGAACAACCACGACUUACAGGUGACAUCCUUGAAUCACAAAUACUUCCGCUCCCACCUUGAGGACUGCAUGUCUCUGGGGCGCCCCCUGCUGAUCGAGGACGUCAGGGAGGAGCUCGACCCUGUGCUGGACAACAUCCUGGAGAAGAACUUUAUAAAGUCAGGAUCCACCUAUAAAGUGAAAGUGGGGGAUAAGGAGGUGGAUGUCAUGAAUGGCUUCACCUUGUACAUCACCACCAAGCUGGCCAACCCAGCCUACACGCCCGAGGUCAGCGCCAAGACGGCCGUUGUGGACUUCACCGUCACCACACGGGGCCUGGAGGACCAGCUGCUGGGCCGCGUCAUCCUCAUCGAGAAGCAGGAGCUGGAGUCUGAGCGUGUGAAGCUCCUGGAGGAGGUGACGUCGAACAAGCGCAAGAUGCAGGAACUCGAGGACAACCUUCUGUACCGACUGACCAGCACCGAGGGCUCGCUGGUCGAGGAUGAGUCCCUCAUCGAGGUGCUUCGGGUUACCAAGAUGACAGCGGAGGAGGUUAGCGAAAAGCUAACGGUGGCAGCGGAGACUGAGAUGAAGAUCAACUUUGCGCGGGAGGAGUACCGGCCAGUAGCCACCAGGGGCAGCAUUCUCUACUUCUUGAUCGUGGAGAUGAGCCUGGUGAACAUCAUGUACCAGACGUCGCUGCGGCAGUUCCUGGGUCUCUUCGACACGUCCAUGGAGAGGUCAGCCAAGUCCCAGAUCACGGCCAAGCGCCUCGGCAACAUCAUGGAGUACCUGACUUACGAGGUGUUCAUUUACACGGCACGGGGCCUCUACGAGAACCACAAGUUCCUCUUCACUCUGCUGCUGGCGCUGAAGAUCGACCUGCAGGCCAAGAACAUCUCCCACUGCGAGUUCCAGACCUUUAUCAAAGGCGGCGCUUCUCUGGACCUGAACUUGGUGGAGGCCAAGCCGCGGCGCUGGAUCCUGGACGUGACGUGGCUCAACCUGGUCCAGCUCUCGGCCCUGCCCCCCUUCACCGGUCUGCUGGCGCAGGUGGCCCACGCUGACCGCGCCUGGAGGAUGUGGUUCGACGAGGCCGCGCCUGAGGAGGCGCCGCUGCCGGGCGACUACGAUAAUCUGCUGGACGCCUUCCGGAAGCUUCUGCUCAUCCGGAGCUGGUGCCCAGAUCGCACCAUCGCUCAGGCCAGGCGCUACAUCGCCGACUCGCUGGGCGGCCGGUAUGCGGAGGGAACGGUGUUGGACAUGGAGGCUGUGUGUGUGGAGAGUGAUGAGAGGACGCCUCUGGUCUGCUUCCUGUCCAUGGGGUCCGAUCCCACCGAGAACAUUGAGAAGCUCGCUAAAGCCAAGGCGGUCCCGUGCAGGCCCAUCUCCAUGGGUCAGGGCCAGGAUGUCCACGCCCGCAGACUGCUGUCCCAGAGCAUGGGCGACGGAGGCUGGCUGCUCCUGCAGAACUGCCACCUGGGCCUGGACUUUCUGGACGAGCUGCUGGACACCGUCACCACCACCGAGAACGUCCACGAGGGCUUCAGAGUGUGGAUCACCACCGAGGUCCACCCCAAAUUUCCCAUCAACCUCUUGCAGUCGUCCAUCAAGUUCACCAACGAACCUCCCCAAGGUGUGAAGGCGGGUCUGAAGAGGACAUAUGGCGGCCUGACUCAGGACCAGCUGGAGAUCUCCAACAUGCCCCAGUGGAGGCCACUGCUCUACGCCGUCGCCUUCCUCCACACCACCGUGCAGGAGAGACGCAAGUUUGGCCCUCUGGGUUGGAACAUUCCGUACGAGUUCAACCAGGCCGACUUCACGUCCAGCAUGCAGUUUGUCCAGAACCACCUAGACGAGGUGGACGUGAAGCGUGGGGUGAACUGGAGCUGUCUGCGCUACAUGCUGGGUGAGGUCCAGUACGGAGGCCGGGUCACCGACGACCUGGACAAGCGCCUGCUCAACACCUUCGCCCGCAUCUGGUUCAGCGACAACAUGUUCGGAGACAGGUUCUGCUUCUACAAGGGCUACACCAUUCCAAAAGCCAAGACUGUGCAGGACUGCCUGAGUCAUAUAGAUGCACUGCCACUGGUGGAUUCACCUGAGGUGUUUGGCCUUCACCCAAAUGCUGACAUCACCUACCAGACCAACCUGGCCAAUGAGACCCUGAGCACCAUCAUCAGCGUCCAGCCCAAGGACAGUGGCGCAGGGGGCGGGGAGACACGAGAGAGCUCCGUGCAGCGGCUGGCCAACGAGAUGCUGGACAAGCUCCCGGCCGACUACGUGCCGCACGAGGUGCGAAUCCAUCUGCAGAAAAUGGGAGCCUUCCAGCCAAUGACCAUCUUCCUGCGGCAAGAGCUGGACCGCAUGCAGCGAAUCAUCGGAAGAGUGCGGAGCACCCUGACUGACCUCAAGUUGGCCAUUGAUGGGACCAUCAUCAUGUCCAUUUCUAACGUUAGGGACCAUCAUCAUGUCGGAGGACCUGCGGAACACGCACUGGACAGCAUGUACGAUGCGCGAGUGCCGUGGCUGUGGCAGAAGGUGUCCUGGGAGUCGUCCACGCUGGGCUUCUGGUUCACAGAGCUGGUGGAGCGCAACCAGCAACUCCACGGCUGGACUUUCGGCGGCCGACCCAACCAGUUCUGGCUCACCGGCUUUUUCAACCCCCAGGGCUUUUUGACUGCCAUGCGUCAGGAGACCACACGCAUGAACCUGUCCAAAGGCUGGGCACUGGACACGGUGGUCCUCCAUAACGAUGUCACGCGCAUGAUGAGAGAGGACGUCACUGCCCCCCCACCCAGCGAUGUCGGGGGCGUCUACGUCUACGGACUCUUCCUGGAGGGAGCCGGCUGGGACAAGAGGAAUGCUAAACUCACUGAGUCUUCUCCCAAGGUCCUCUUCACACCACUGCCCGUGGUGCACGUGUACGCCAUCAGCAGCACCUCCCCCCCUGACCCCAAGAAGGCCGCGGCCAUCAGCCUCUACCCCUGCCCCGUGUACAAGAAGCCCCGGCGCACUGACCUCACCUUCAUCUUCUCCCUCCUCCUCCGGACCAGCCAGCCCGUGGAGCACUGGACACUGCGAGGGGCGGCUUUGCUCUGCGACUGCAAAUGAACAAGUAGCUAAAACACCCCUGGUGCGUUUUUAGCUAAAGCACCCCUGAAUGCCAUUUAGCUAAAGCGGCCCUCUUGCGUUGGCCAUUUAGCUAAAACACCCCUGGUGCGUUGGCCAUUUAGCUAAAGCAGCCCUCUUGCGUUGGCCAUUUAGCUAAAGCAGCCCUCUUGCGUUGACCAUAUGCUGAUGUGUUUCUUGGGAGUGGUUUGGGAGUAUUCCAACCAAGCAGCAACACACAUGAUUUCUCUCCAAAUUUCUCACCUAAUCAACAAACAAAAUGGAUGGAGCAAGUCAUGUGUGCUGUGCCUGGUGGGAAUAACGAUCAGUAGCUAUAGCGACAGUCAGCUGCUGAGAGCGCUGAGUGUGUCCUUUGCUUGUUAUGAUUUGCUCUUUAAUAUGUAGUGGAUGGCGACCUAAUUAGGAUGUAAGUGAUCAUGACAAUGACAAAGAAUGUAUCUAAUGAGUUUACAAUGGAACUACACACUUUUUACAUUUGAAAAAUCAAAUUAAUUCUGAUAAAUAGAUAUUUUAGUAACUAGGUCAAUUAUGCUAAUUGGGUGUUAGCCAGGUCAAUUAGUCUAUUUCUAUGCAGGGCGCUGUUCUUGGGAUUCUAGUGGCCUGUACUGACACUGAGUCCAGCAGCAGUUUAGUUUUGUCUUUCCUCACAAAUAGCAGCACUUGAAGAAUAUGGUGAAGGUUCAUGAUUAUGUUUUGCAUUUUUAUUAGCUGUUUUCCAAAUAUAUCACCAGAGAAUAAAAACAAUGCAAAAAGUAUCACAAAA